CCCGUUUCUGUCGUUGCUGCAAAAUUUUCACCCAACUCGGUCGGGUGCUCACUCAAGUGUUGCGACUAGUUCUGUUUUCGGUUAUUAAUAUUUCGUCAGUGCCGACUUUUAAUUGCCAAUAGUGGAAGCGCGAUGACGCAUUUAACGUUGAAAUCGUUGAUUCUGCUCGGAUCGGUGCUUGGUUCGGCAGUGGCUCACUACAGCGGACCGUUCCUGUUCUGGGGAGUGAACGAUCUGAAGGGCGUCCAAGUGUCUGCCCUGGAAGGAUUGGAUGACAAGUUUCUGCGGGAUAUGUACUCGAAUGCCGCUGCGGUGGUGGUGUUCUUGCGAAAUGGAACGGCCAAGCUGAACGACGACAACUUCCCCAGCUUCCGGAAGAUUAUCGAGAGGCACGAGUACGUGUACAGUCCGCAGGAGGAGCUCAGUUCGAACCCGCUGGAUUACAAUGUCAACGCCGAGAUAAUCAACCUCGUUGGAUCGCCCACACAGCAGGACAUCGAACUGGCAGCGCUUUACCGUGACUCGACGUCCAACUAUGGCGAACGCAAAGUGCUCGGAAUCCUGGCCAGCCGAUGGGACGAACCCCAUCACGGACUGCACAAGCGUGAAGCCAAGUCGGAUGAGGUUUCCACCGGCAGCAGUACCAGCACGACUCCGGCGGGACCAACCGAGGAGCCGGAAAUCGACGACGCCAUCUACGACGUCCCCGGCAAGGCGCUGAUCUACAUCUCGUCCGCCCCGGUCCUGACGCUGAACAGCACCGAAGAGGAGUACGUCCUGAACAAGCACACCGUCGCCACGUACGAUUCGCGCGAAAGCGAAAGCAAACUGAUCGUCACGUUCAAGGUGGAGGAUGCGACGAAGCUAACGCUCAAGUUCCGCUUCGAGAUGGAUGCCGGCUACUGGAUCAUGCCCAAGGUGGACGUCUUCCUGAUCGACACCAAGAGCAAGGACGCUGGCAAAAUGACCGACGUCACCCUGGAGAUCGAUGGCGACGCACCGUACGCUCCGAUGGGAUUCUCCUACUCCUGCUCCAAGCAGCUGGUGUUCCGCAAUGGGUCAACCAUACUUACCCUGGAAAACAUUCAGGUCCAACCGGCACUGGAGGGUAGCACCAAGUUCGGCAGCGCAUGGGACUGCAUCGGAUUCACCACAGUUCCGAUUUGGUCCGGUCUGUUUGUGACAUCGUUCAUGGCCAUCGGGUUGGCACUGGCCAUCUGUGCCAUUCUCGACAUCAAACCGCCGAACCGGUUCGAGUCCCGCGCCGGAAAGCAGCUCACGUUCACCAUUCAGGAGUAAGGUGGGCCUCGCUGUCACGGCGUUUAGUGGUAAGCUGCGGAAUGACA